AUGGUGAACAAGAAGAAGAAGGCAAUGAGAAAGGCACCAAAGAAGGCAAUGAGCUAUGCACCAGAAAAGGACGAGCCAGUGGCCAUUGCCGAUGUCGCUGACGGUGAGCCCAAGGUGCUCAUUCCCGAUGCCAUUGACGAUGGACCUGAGAUAUCCCCAUAUAAAAGCCCAACCUGCAGCGUCUACUUCCAAGACGGAGAGGCGUUCACGGUUCCUCGCGACAUCUUAUGCGUGAGCGACGAGCUCAGGGAAAUCUUCAAAAACUCCAAUGAGUUCUUCAUCGGAGAUGUGCCGGCAGAAGCAGGUCAUGUGCUACUUCAUUACCUUCACACGCACACUUGGCAAACCCUUCGCAAGAGGUCAUCGCUGCACGAUUCCAGGACCUCGGCCCAGUUCGAAACGAGCGUGUACGUCUACGCCGCCGCCCAAACCUACGGUCUUCCGGGGUUAGCCGAGCUCGCCAAAGAAAACAUACCGCGUUACGCAAACGAACUGUCCGCGCUAGACAUCAUCGUCUUGGCUGGAAAGCCAUGCGAGAGACUUCCAGAAGACGACCCGUGGUUCUUGGCAUUCAUCGACAAGCAAAUGGAGCAACUCUUUGCGGACUCGGCCUCUCUCAACAAACCGGUCUUUCUAGAAUGCUUCAAGGGCGCUUCUUCAGAGUACUCCAGGAUACUGGGCAAGAGCAUGUUUUCAAUCUGCUACCAAAAGUUAGCCUCGGCAAAGUCGGCAGAAGCGCAAGCUGUUCCUAUGGUCGAUGAGGCCCUUGAGCUGGAGACUAAAGCAGCAUUUGAGGCUCCAUCUCCCGCAUCUCGAGUAACCCCGUGUGGGGACACGAUCCCUUGGGUGCCUCUGGAAGAACGAGCGGUUGAGGUUGAACCAGAGGCAAGGCCUCUAUCCUUGCGGGAGAUGUACGAGAAGAGAAAGAGGUUUCUGUCGAGUUGCAUCGCAGCGGUUAUGGACGAGGCGGACGGUGGGCAGCCGGCAUUGAACCGCAGCUCGGCGGCCACGCACGUAGGAAACAGCAAAUGGGAGCAUUGCUCCUGUUCCAUGAACGCAGACGACUCGUCAACACGCUGCGGGUCAUCAGCUGCGAAUACUCCAAGCAGUGGAAGUGAAGCAUGGUGGCCACACCCUGCCUCGAGGAAAAGGUACACCUAG